GGUAUAGCUCUCACCAACAACCUAACAGUGUUGAAUACCUUGAAAGAUGUUCUUUUACAGAAUGAUCUGUUAACUUGGGUAGUCGCUAUCACUGACUCACCAAAGCCACCUUCACAACGAGUCUCUCUUACUCUUCCUGUUCUCAAUGCUGCCAAAAAUGUUGCAUUCAUUGUCACCGGAGAAGAAAAGGCUUCAAUGAUCAAGAGCGUUCUCGAUUCUGAUAUUCAACAUGUUCCUGCCUCCUUCGUGCGACCAUUCAGCAAGAAGCUUCGCUUUUUCUUGGAUAAGGAUGCAGCAAGCAAAUUGUAG